UGGUCUAACCUCUGCUUUUUCCUCACUUUCCUUUUUUUUAUAAAUAUUUUUCCCUUCAAUUUACCCAAAUACUGGAAAAGAAGAUUGAUAAGGAGAAGAAGAUGAAAUCAGAAUAAUAAAAGGGAAAUUAAGACUCGAAAAGGCAUAAUCAGUGAAGGCCAAGUUUUCAAGCAACUAGAGACACUAAAUAAAACAAAGAAAACCCAAUUUGACUGUUUUACAGGUUUGAUCUUUCAUUCAGGAAAUCAGAUUCCCAUUGAGUUUUAGAUCUAUUUAGCUUCUGGCAGUUCUUGUUUUGUAUAUAUGGGUGGUUGUCUAGGAUGCUGUAAGAAGCCCAUUUUCAAGCCCUUUUUUAAUGAGUCGUCAAAAGGGUUAAAAUCUCAAGGACAUACAGUGAGUAAACCCAGUAUCUCCGAAGGUUUCUGGACCACUAGCUGUGAUAUGGACAACAGUGCUGUGCAGUCACAGGGAAGCAUCUCCUCAAUCAGCGCAAGCAACCAGACACUUGAUCCAAAUGGAAGCGCUGCAAGUGCUAAUGGGCCAUCCGAAUUUGUAAAUCAUGGCCUUCUUCUUUGGAAUCAGACUAGGCGGCGCUGGGUAGGAAACAAGAACUCUGAAAAUCGGCCUGGACAGGUUCGAGAACCAAAGCUAAAUACUCAUUGUCUGUGCAUGGUUAAACAAUUCUGGGUUUGCAGUUGGAAUGCAACUUAUGAAAGUUUACUGGGAAGCAACAAGCCGUUCCCUCAUCCUAUUCCUCUUUCUGAAAUGAUAGAUUUUCUAGUGGAAGCGUGGGAGCAGGAAGGAUUGUAUGACUGAGCAACGGUAUAGCAACUGGCAUUUGGAAGGUGUUUAGAUAUUAAUGUCAAUCAUACUUGUUACAUUUUAAUUGGUUCCACAGCAUUAGACCCUUGAUUGUAUGAUUGCCAACUGUAGCAAUUUCAGGGUCUUGCUUCUAUUUUCUAAUUUCCCCCUCAAAUCAAUUGACCUUUUGGACGUGCCAUUGU